GCCGUCUACUAACAAAUUAUCAGAUAUAUAAAUCCAAUUUGACCUUUUACUCCAGCGUUCAAGCACGCAACGAAGCUACCGCACCUUUCACAUACCUGAAGAUUUCAAUCCCCUUUUUAUCUUGCACUGAUGCGUACUAUGGCUCUUUCAGUCGACCAGUAUGCGAUUCCUAAAGGAUCAAUGGUGCUUAUCACGGGGGUUAACGGUUUCAUUGGAUCCCACGUCGCCAACGAGUUUCUCCGAUUCGGCUUCAAAGUACGCGGUACCACGCGUAACCCGGAGAGGAACGCCUGGAUGAGCGCCUUGUUCGACAAAAAGUAUGGUUCGGGCCAAUUCGACCUGGUAGCCGUGCCCGACAUGGUGGCACCGGGUGCAUUUUCCAAGGCUGUCGAGGGGGUCUCGGCUGUCGUGCACACAGCAGCAAACUUUUCCUUGGACCCCAAUCCUCACAACGUGAUCCCGGAGACCGUCUCGGGAACGGUCAACGCGCUCGAAGCAGCCGCCCAGGAGCCAAGCGUGAGGCGCUUCGUUCUCACCUCUUCCUCGACCGCAGCGCUGAUCCCGAAGCCCAACAACCGUGUGACGGUCACGACCGAUACGUGGAAUGACGAAGCAGUGAAUCUGGCGUACCGCGACCCGCCGUACGAACCAGAGCGGGCGCUGCCCGUUUACGCUGCCAGCAAGACCCUGUCUGAAAAGGAGGCAUGGAAGUUCGUGGGCGAGAAAAGGCCCAGCUUCAUCCUGAACGCCGUCCUGCCGAACAUCAACUUCGGCGCGAGCCUCGACGUUGCGAACCAAGGUCAUCCCUCCACCUCUGGCGUGAUUGCCGCGCUGUUCAAAGGAAACGCCGACUCCAUGGCCGGGGUAGCCCCUCAAUACUUUGUGGAUGUGCAGGACGACGCCUUACUGCACGUCGCUGCCGCCAUUCACCCCGGCGUACAGUCAGAGCGUAUCUUCGCCUUUGCGGAGCCCAUGAACGCAGAUGGAAUCUUGGCCAUCUUCCGCCAGCUAUAUCCGAGCCGGAGCUUCCCAUCCAACCUCCAGGCUGACGAAGACCUGAGUGAUAUCGUGCCACGCCAGCGAGCCGAGGCCCUGUUGCGUGACAUGGGCAAGGACGGAUGGACGAGCUUAGAGGAAAGUAUCAAGAUAAACACUGAAGAUCUAUUGUAGGAUAUACUAGCAGAGUCUGUUGGAAGGCCAAUGGGAAAGCCUUUGCUGGGGUCUGGCGCCCCCCGCCCCCCCAACUUCAAACGCGUUCAUGUUUCGAAAGGAGAAACCCGUCGACCAGCAUUCACUGUAAAAAGCCGUUGAACUCACUUGAAACUUAGAAUUACAUGGUAUCUAUCAAGGUGUUAAAGCAGAAUGUAACUGCUAGUGAAGUUC